AUGUGUUUGCCUGCUCCCCGCCGUCGCGCACCUCCUCCCACACAUAAAGGCAAAUCUCCAUCCUCCUUCUCUUCAUCUGGCUCGUCCGCGGGUUCGGACCCACCCCCAUCCCCUCGAAAACACCGACGGAGGGGCUCUAUUUCUGCAUCGAGGUCGAGUGACUUGCCCAUACGCGUAGCAAAAGUUUCACCCGGCCAGCCACCGCGAACGAGGGCCCCGCUGCCUGCGCGGAGAUCGUCGACCAAGAAAAGCUCAAGGGCUGGGUCUAUGGGUGGAAGUACAAAUGGGAAUACAGCGGGGGGGCCAACACCGUCGCUUCCGCCGAGUCGGCGGUCGUCGACGAGAGGGCGGGACUCAUCAAAGUUAGCCCCGGCGAGUCCAAUGAUAGGGCCCGGGGGAAGGUCGCCAACAACGUCUACCCGCUCAGCAAAGAAUACCCCUACCCCAAGUCCCACAAAGCGGUCGUCGUCGUCACAACACAGGUCUUCCUCGCGAAGUAA